GAGAGCUUCGAGAAGAUCGGUCAAGUGGUUCAUGAAACAUUUUGCUAACAGAAGGCCUGAGAAAGACGGGAAAGAAAGGCUUCCUCUGAAAGCAUGGAGACAAGGGCUGCAGAAACUUUCGAGUAAAAACUCGCGCCGCGCGCUCGGGGACAGGAUGUACCCAAUAAGCGCGCGGCUGCUCCGCCGGCCGACACGCCCCCAGCAUGGAUACACCGAGCAGGAACAGGCGCUCCGGAGACGCACGCGCUGUGCUGGAGACCGUCUGAAGCCGCGAUGGGACUGAACGCAUCCAAGUUUCAAGAGUUCCUGCUGUCGGCGUCGUUGCACUAAAAACAGCGGCUCUUCAUUUUUUUUUUUUUUUUUAGGUUUUCUCUCUCUUUUGGAGAGCUCUUCUCUGCGUCUUUUUUUUUUCUUUUUUGUAUUUUUUUUUAUUUUUUAUUUUGGGGUCGGAGGCGUUUCUCGCACAGGAUGUUGAUGAUAAACUGGAAAGCCGGGUACGACCAUAAAGUCAGUUCUCUCCGAUGAGAACGACCUCUUCCUCUCCACACCUCCACACAAAGGGAAACUACGGUACAACAAGUACUUUUUGUCCACGCGCGCACACGCACGACCCUCACGCGCCGGGUUUUAUUUUUUUAUGUCAUUCAGAAGCAGCGGGGGCUGCUUGAAAGACAAAAUGGAUCACUUUGCAGCGGAGUGCCUUGUCUCUAUGUCCAGUCGCGCGGUGGUUCACGCGCCUAAGGGCAACCGGGAGCUGAAGCCGGAGAUCCCGUCCUCCUCCACCCCCUCCUCCUCCUCCAGGAGCGCGGAGGACAUCAAGGAGGUGAAGGACAACUCGUCGCUUUUCGUGGUGGCGCGGAUUCUGGCGGAUUUUAACCAGCAGACCCCCACCGAGCAGCAGCAGCAGCAGCAGCAGCAGCAGCAGCAGCAGCAGCUGCCUGCCAAGACGGUCCUGAAGGAUGAGAGCGCGCCGAGCCUCCGGGAGGAUGGACUCGCCACACCUACCGCCGCCUGCGAUCCUGCGCUCAGACAAAGAGGCAAAAGACCGAGAGGUCGAACUGAGCACGAGUCGCCUCAGAAAAAGCACAAAUGCCACUACUCUGGCUGUGACAAAGUUUAUGGCAAAUCGUCCCACCUCAAAGCCCACCUAAGGACGCACACAGGCGAGCGGCCCUUCCCGUGCACCUGGCCCGACUGCAGUAAGAAGUUCGCCCGCUCGGACGAGCUUGCCCGCCACUACCGCACGCACACGGGGGARAAGAAGUUCGGCUGCCCCCUCUGCGACAAGCGCUUCAUGCGCAGCGACCACCUGAUGAAGCACGCACGCCGCCACUCGGAUUUCCAGCCCGGCAUGUUGAAGAGGCCCCACAGCGGCGGCAGCAGCACGCGCCCCGGCUCUCUCAGCGACUACAGCCGCUCGGACGCCUCCAGCCCCACCCUCAGCCCCACCCUCAGCCCCGCCCUCAGCCCCGCCAACUCGCCUUAAACUGAAACCUGGUUGCACUUUCCAGGCCUCCGGACCGCGAGGCGUUUUCUUUUUGUCGUAACACUUUUUUGUUGCACAGUUGUCAGCAACCCUCCCCCCUUUCCUCCCUUCCUGUUUGCUAUUCCUGUGCUUGCUGUGGUGUACCAUACUGUACAUAAGUGCUUAUUGUAGUGCAAUUACUUGUGUGAUCCUAAAAGAAGAUAAUGCCUUUCCCAGAUGGCGAUAUCUGC